UUCUUCUUCUUAUUUACAUCAGUUUUUUAACUUUCAUUAAAUUACAUUAUGGGUUAUUUACCUGCUACUUUCCAACAAAAUCAAUUAUUACCAUCUCAAAAAGUGUUUAUUUAUGUUGGUGAUAUCACUGAAUUAAAGGUGGAUGCUAUAGUUAACCCUACAAAUCCAAAUCUUACCAAUGGUGGUCGUGGUACUGCCUCCGCAGCAAUUUUGAAAGAAGCAGGCGAUGCAUUGGAACAAGAUUUACUAAAACGUCCAACUCUUGUAUUUGGGGACGCCAUUACUACGCCAAGUUACCUAUUACCAUGCAAUUAUGUGAUUCAUACUGCUGUCCCUCAUGUUACUCAAGGUGAAGAAACUUUACGAUCUUGUUAUCGUCGAUGUUUGGAACAACUGGAAGGACAAAGAAAAGAAUCCAUCGCGUUUCCUUGUAUGGGUACAGGUGUUCAAGGAUUUGAUCAAGAAAGGGCUGCUCAUAUCGCAUUAUCCACAGUUCGCAAUUAUAUUGCCAGUGAUGCAAACGAUCAGAUUAAACAGUUUAUUUUCUGUUUAUACAGUAUCACAGAUAAAGAAAUUUAUCAAAAAAUUUGGCCAUUUUACUUCCAAGGUCCCCCACAAAAUUAUCUUCAAUUGUAGCAAAAGAACAUACUAUAUAGAAAAUAGUUUAUAUAUUUCUUGAUUACACAUAGUCCAAUUCCAAUAAGUACCAAUAAAAAAAAACAAUACUUUAUUUACUUUGACAAAAUAACAAAGAUCUAUGAAGAAGAAAAAGAGGUGAUGGAUGUGAAAAAGAAUUUAUAUGAUGGAAACAAAAGUGUGGAAAAUAAUAUGGGGGAUCAAAUAAUAAUAAUAAUAAUAAUAAUGGGAUAAUAUAUCUAAUCUUUCUUCAAAGUUUCUUCCACAGCAGG